CAGGGGUGGGGGAGAAGGGCUUCUGCUGCUCGCCUGCUUGGCAGUCUCCGGAGGGACCUUCAGGCUGGCCCUGGCAAUGGAUGCCCCCAAGGAGCACACCAGGUGUCCUGCCCGAGGGACAUGCCCCGUGUUCCUGGCAAUGAGCUCGGGGGCUGUCCGCUACGCUCCAUCGGUUCUGGGACCUGCCCUUGACGGGAACUUGGGAGAGGAGCCUUGGGACCCAGACAGCCAGCCCCACCCAGACGAGGGCCACCCGCCGCCCCUUGAGGCUGUCCCCGUCCCCUGGAAGAGCGUGGGCCCCUGCAAAAGCCACAGGACGGAGUCCCCAAGAGGCCUGGCAGAGACCCCUGGAGGGGAGGAGGCCCAAGGUGAGGAGGGCCCUGCGGCCGCCCCGCUGGACAUGCUCCGCCUGCGAAGCUCUUCCAUGGAGAUCCGCGAGAAGGGCUCAGAGUUCCUGAAGGAGGAGCUUCACAAAGCCCAGAAGGAGCUGAAGCUGAAGGACGAGGAGUGUGAGCGGCUGUCCAGGGUGCGGGAGCAGCUGGAACGGGAGCUGGAGGAGCUGACAGCCAGCCUGUUUGAGGAAGCCCACAAGAUGGUGCGGGCAGCCAACAUGAAGCAGGCAGCGUCGGAAAAGCAGCUGAAGGAGGCGCGGGGCAAGAUCGACAUGCUGCAGGCAGAGGUGACAGCCUUGAAGACACUGGUCCUCACGUCCACACCGGCCUCUCCCAACCGCGAGCUCCACCCACAGCUGCUGAGCCCCACCAAGGCCGGGCCCCGCAAGGGCCACUUGCGCCAUAAGAGCACCAGCAGCACCCUCUGCCCCGCCGUGUGCCCCGCUGCCGGACAUACCCUCACCCCGGACAAGGAGGGCAAAGAGCCCGGGCUGGCCCCCCUCCUCUCCCUGCUCCUCUGCGUGGUCCCCAGCAAGGCUGUUCACCUCACCUACGAGCCGGCUUGGCAGCUCCUACCUGGGGAGCCGCCCACGGCCCCCACCUCCACCUCCGCUACCUCUCUCUCCUUUUCCCGACAGGUGGACACGACCCUGUUCGCAGAGUUCCAGGCCUGGAGGGAAUCCCCCACCCUGGACAAGUCCUGCCCCUUCCUUGAAAGGGUGUACCGGGAGGACGUGGGCCCCUGCCUCGACUUCACCAUGCAGGAGCUCUCGGCGCUGGUACGGGCCGCCGUGGAGGACAACACGCUCACCAUCGAGCCCGUGGCUUCGCAGACGCCGCCCACGGCGAAGGUGGCCGCGGUGGAGUGUGGUAGCACCAAUACCUGUGCCCUGAGCGGGCUGGCUCGUGCCUGUCGCCACCGAAUCCGGCUUGGGGACUCAGAGAAUCACUAUUACAUCUCACCGUCCUCCCGGGCCAGGAUCACCGCAGUGUGCAACUUCCUCACCUACAUCCGCUACAUCCAGCAAGGCCUGGUGCGGCAGGAAGCGGAGCCGAUGUUCUGGGAGAUCACAAGGCUGCGGAAGGAGAUGUCGCUGGCCAAGCUCGGCUUCUUUCCCCAGGAGGCCUAGGGCAUGGCCAAGCCUGGUGGGGGGCUCUGAGCCACAGCCAACACCUGCCCCGGCACAGACAGACAGGAAGACAGGGUCCUGGCGCCAGCCCUGAGCCAGAAGCCGAGCAGAUGGACAGAUGGCCAGGCCAUGGAGGCCUUGCUGAGCCGGUACCAAAUCUUCAUCCCGGGAAAGACAGGACCUCAUGAGCUGACCCUUCGCCCUUCCCCAGUGGCCCUACAGCCACCAGGAGACUUUCAAGAAGGCACCAAAGACCAAGGAGCUUGGACCCACACUCAGGGGCUCAGCACCCCCCUUGCAGUCCUGGGAGCUGCUGCUUGCAGUCACCUUGUUGCUGUGAUGUCCUCAGAAAGGGCUCACACUGGGUGGCCUGACCUCCAGGGUAUCUCCCACCUCAGUUCCCAAGCCCUGGGCCACCAGCACCCCCGUGUGGCCAUCCCUCCCCCAUUCCCGUGGGGGCAGUGCAGCCACAAGGGGCUGUCAAGGACUUGCACACCAUCUGCUUGAGAACUACCCCAAACUGUUCUUAAGAUGGAUCAGGGCCCCUCCUCCCACCCUCGCACUUGACCUUCCCCCCCUCCUCCAUCUGAGCCUUGUGCUCCUGGAGGCCCUGCCCCCACCACUGGAAGGAUUAGGAUACUUUGCUCCCGAAGUAAAAUACAGACAGGGCCUCAGGACACCGUGUCUGUGUUCAGCUGUGGGUGGCCGUUCAGACAGUGGGGGCUGAGGUCGCCAAGCCCUGUACACAGGACUGGGGGAGGGUGGGCAGGACGCAGGCCCCUCCUCGCCCCUCACAGCCCACUCAGGACCGGGGUCCAACCUGGACACAUCCCUCACCGUGGCCGAUUUCCUCCUUUGAAUGGAAUGUAACACGAUCUCUAUUUAAUAAAGGAAGGCUUUGUUGGUA